AUGGAAAAGGGCCGUAUUGUUCCCAUCUUUUUGGAUAGCAAGUCUCGUGGUCAUUAUGAAGGCUACUGUAAAGAAGUACUCUGGCCCUUAUUUCACUAUUUGACUUGGUCAAAUGACUCAGAUGGUAUGGCUGAAAAGCAGUACUGGCAAGACUAUGUUGCCGUCAACCAGCAAUUUACCCAGACGAUUGCUUCUCAUUACCGUCCUGGUGACAUAAUCUUCAUCAAUGAUUAUCAUUUACUACUUGUGCCUGAGAUGCUUCGUGAAAUCAUUCCUGAUGCCCCUAUUGGUCUUUUCCUUCAUGCUCCUUUUCCAAGCUCUGAAAUCUUCCGAUGUCUGACAACUCGCAAGGAAAUUCUCAGUGGAUUCUUAGGCGCUAACCUUGUGGGAUUCCAAACUUACUCUUAUGCUCGACACUUUAUCGGUUCAUGUACUCGUGUUCUCGGUUGUGAAUCAACACAGACAGGGGUCAAUUGCAAUGGACAUAUCGUCUCAGUAGGUACAUUCCCUAUUGGCGUUGAUGCUAAACGUGUAGACCAGUUCCGUCAAGAACCCGGUGUGGCUGCCAAGAUCAACGCGAUCCGAGCGAUGUAUGCUGGAAAGAAAAUCAUCAUUGGUCGUGAUAAGCUUGACUCAACAAAGGGUGUCGUUCAAAAACUGCAUGCAUUCGAAAAGUUCUUGCGUGAUUAUCCCGAAUGGCGAAAGGAAGUUGUCCUCAUUCAGGUGACAACACCUACCUUUGGCGACAAUUCCAAGUUGGAAGCAAAGGUAUCUGAACUUGUCAGUCAUAUCAACAGCAUGUAUGGCUCUCUUGAAUUUACACCUGUUCAUCAUUAUUACCAAGAUGUUGAUCGAGAUGAGUACUAUGCCUUGUUGUCCGUUGCUGACGUCGGAUUGAUCACAAGCUUAAGAGAUGGUAUGAACACAACGUCACUAGAGUACAUCAUUUGCCAACAAGAACAGCAUGGUCCUCUCAUUUUGUCCGAAUUUACUGGUACUGCUGGCUCACUUAGCGCUGCUUUGAUCGUAAACCCAUUCGAUAGUGCUGGUGUUGCCAAAGCUCUGAAUGAAGCGCUGACGAUGAGCGCAGAAGAUAAAGCCACUCGCCAUGGUCAAUUGUACAAUUAUGUCUUGGAACACUCUGCUGCCUAUUGGGCCAAGUCAUUUAUCAAGCAAUUGGUCGAAAGCACACAAAAGUUCAGUCUACAGUCUCAGGCUACACCUGCGCUGGACGUGUCGAAAUUCACAAAGGAUUACAAGGCUGCAAAGAAGCGCUUGAUGUUCUUUGACUAUGAUGGUACUCUGACACCUAUCGUCUCAGUACCCACUGACGCCAAGCCUUCGAAAGAGAUGUUACAAUACCUUCAAGAGCUCUGCAAUGAUCCUCGUAACGAUGUCUGGAUUGUUUCUGGCAGAGACCAAGCCUGCUUGGAAGACUGGUUGGGCGGUAUCAAGAACCUCGGCCUAAGCGCAGAGCAUGGCUGCUUCUGGAAAGCGGCUGGUUCAGAACAGUGGACAAAUGUGCUAGAAGACAUCGACAUGAGCUGGAAGAAGGAUGUGACGGAGAUCUUUGAUUAUUACACGGAGCGUACAGAAGGUAGUUUUGUCGAACACAAAAAGUCCUCCAUCACAUGGCAUUACCGUAUGGCAGAUGAAGAAUAUGGUGAAUUCCAAGCCAAGGAAUGUCAGAAUCAUUUAGAAAACUCUGUUGUUUCCAAGAUGCCAGUUGAGAUCCUUGUUGGUAAAAAGAACUUGGAAGUACGUCCUAUGAUGAUCAAUAAGGGAGAAGUAGUCAAGCGUAUCAUGGCCUUGUCACCAGACGCUGAUUUCAUUGUGUGUGCUGGUGAUGACAAGACAGAUGAAGACAUGUUCCGAACUCUCUCUGCUACUUACUUUGCUCGUUAUCAAGAACAAGUAAACAAGGGAGACACUGAUACCACAUGGGCAUCUGCUAAAUCCUCAUUAUAUUCUAUUACGAUUGGUCCACCCAAAAAGAAGAGUAUGGCUAACUGGCAAGUAGAGUCACCCUCAGAAAUUAUUCAUCUUUUAGGCACUAUGGCCAAAUCAGAUAAAGAACAAUAG